AUGAGCAACCCAACAUUAGGCUCCACCAUCAAUCCAAAUACUCCAACCUCUCAAAUAUCUAAAACUAGUUCAAAAUCAUUCCUUCCUCCACCCCAACUAAUUCCGAUUGAUUAUUAUAAAACCCUUGAUAUUGUAAAUAAUUUUACAAUCCAAAUGGUGCAAACGAUGAAUUCUUUUGCUUUUAGUUGCGAAAGCAAAUUAUCAAAGGUUUCUUCUCAGAUACAUCACGUCGAAAUUAUUUUAGCGUUGUUAGAGAAGAAAUUGCAUUCUGUGGACGGAAUGAAAGAACGGAUGGAGCAAUGGAUGUCUGGAAUGAAUCAUGCCGUACAAGGUUGUAGCAGUAAUACUUGUUCUGCUAAUGUCACUACACAGCCUACUCCUCCUCCCUCAGCAAGUAACACGACUUGCAAUAACAUUCCUCCACCACCCUUAACUUCCAAUACAGGUGUUCCACCCCCUCCGCCUCCAACAUUUUCCAGCAGUAUUCCACCUCCUCCACCUGGAUCAUUAUUAAUGAGCAAUACGGUUCCACCUCCUCCAUCUCCUUCAUCUGCCACAAACGGGGUUCCACCACCACCAAAUCCUUCGACGGUCAUGACUGUUCCUAUCCCAUCCGAAGAUUCAAGUGGGGGCAAUACUGACAUUCCAACCUGCGAGCAAGAUCCAAGACUUGCAAAUUACUUUCGUCUCCUUAACAAGAUUGGUGUACCAAAACCUCAAAUUGCAAGAAAGAUGGAAAUGGAUGGUUUGGAUCCUAGUCUAUUGGACACUCCAAAUGCUCCGUCACCACUGGGUGUGUAUGUUCCUCCACCAAAGAGCGAAUCUGAGAGUGACAACGAUGAUUCCGAUUAA